AUGGAUGACCUGCAAUUCACGGCAUUUGUGGAUCAGAUUGGAGAAGACUGCUCCGGAAGUCAACCGAAUCUCGCACUCAUAACAGCAACCACAGGCUUCGACAACAUCAUUGGUCUCCUCUUCCCGUCACAUGUUCUCGAAGACGCUGAGACCAGUCUUCAUCGUGCAUCCCUUUCCCCUCUGUUGAUGAAUUUAACGUCGAAAUUCUGGACAAAUUGCAAGCGCGAUGUUCUUACUCCAUUAAACGCACCAGAACACACCUCCAACUACCUUGUGAUGUGA